CCGUUCAGUCAAACGCAACAUUCUUCGAAAAACUCGCAACCGCAGCAAACGCGAAAAGUGGCGCUCGUGGCCAUCGGUGUUUGUCCGCUGUUUUCCAACACAAAAUCGUAACACACACAAGUCCCCGGUAGCAAGCACCGUACAGCGCAACUAAAGUGUGUCGAUGCAGCUUUGGUUUAUUACACGGUGAAGCAUUAAUUUCGGUGUGAAUUUUACGUGAAGUGUAAUUUGAAAGCUUUUUUGCCAACCAGAAAAAAGGCAAUUAACAGGAAAAAAGUUAGAGUUGAAAAAACCCCAAGUGAAGUGAAAGAAGAAAGGUGGAGCGCAGUGCAAGAUCCAGAUCCAGUAGACAGAAACUAAACACCUAAGAGAGAAGCAGUGUUGAGCGGUGGCGUGGAAGCGGUCUAGACCUUGGGCCGUACGGAAACGCACACGCAGUGUGAUCGCAUGACGGUGUUGUGUUGUGCACAUAGCCGCAACAUAUAACCGACCGUGACCGUGGUGAAGGAAACGCAUCCGUGAGCGAGUGCAAAAAGUGCACCGCAGCGAACAAGUGCAACCAACUGCAUACGUGUGUUAGAGAGGCAGAAGUAGUAGCACAAGAGUGAGAGAUAAGAAGAAGUGAAGUGUAGUGUUGCUGUGAGAUUAAACAGAAAAGAAAGCGGCACAGAAAGGGCAGAAAAGUAGAGCACCCUUUUGUACGAUAUACCGGCAUCGCAUUUAUAACACUUACGACGACAACAACAACGCGAGUGUUUGUGCGCUGUGUUGGUGUAGAUUGGCAGGUGUAGUGGAUUGCCGUUCAACAGAAGAAAAGCAGUAAUCAAUAAAAAAAAGCUUCGGUGGGAGAGCAAAGUGCAUUAAUGUGAAAAUCUAUUAGUUGUGGAGCAGUGUUUUAAGAAUUUAAGCUUUCAACAACACACGAAAAAGGUGAAAAGCUAACUUCCUACACAACAGUGAGUAACAAGUGAGAAGUGAAGAAGUAAACUAAAUAGCAAACAAAACAAAAGUGCAUUCAGUGUCUGCAACAACAAUCGUUGCGAUAAUAGAACAGCGGAGAUCAAUCGAGAAGGAGUGCAGCGACAGUGCAGCGACUCCAGCAAAGUUUUCUUAUCUCGGCACUCGGAACGGAAGUGCUGCUGUUCAUCGGUUCCCCGAAAAGAAUGCACCAAAACUAGGCUCGAGCGAAAUUAUUAUGAUGGUGGCGGACUUUGUAACACGCCAGCAGAACGGUUCGCCGCUCAACGGUGAAAUACCCGGCCAGAAUCACAACUCCAAUUCCAACAUGCCUGCCCACAGUGCCUUACUGAUGAGCAACAACAGCAGCAACAGCAACAGCUCCGGCCGUGCCAGCCCGCACACGUCGUCAGAGUCGGAGUUCCCCCAGAACAGCUACGAGCUGGCGGCCCACCUGAAGCGCAAGGAGCUCUUCUCGCAGCGCAAGCAGCGCGAGUUCAUCCCGGACAACAAGAAGGACGACAGCUACUGGGACCGGCGGCGGCGCAACAACGAGGCGGCGAAGCGAUCCCGCGAGAAGCGUCGCUUCAACGACAUGGUCCUGGAGCAGCGCGUCGUCGAGCUGACGAAGGAAAACCACGUGCUGAAGGCACAGCUCGACGCGAUCAAGAGCAAGUACAACAUCUGCGGCGAGAACUUGGUCAGCGUCGAUCAGAUCAUGGCCACGCUGCCCACCAACGAGCAGGUGCUGAGCUCGACCAAGCGCGUCAAGCUGGCGAACGGUCAGGCACGGUCCAGCUCGCCGACCGGCUCCAUGAUCGGGUUCCCGCUUUCGCGCAGCCCUUCGCGGCAACCGCAGGCUACCUCUCCCUCGCAGUCGCACGGCCGCGCCUCGUCACCACACAGCCCACCGGCCGCCAAUGGCACGCCCCAUCUGCAGCAGACGCUGCUGGCCGUCGUCCAGGGCUCGCCAACGACUACUACGACGACGCCAUCGGCGGCCGCGGCGUCCCAGCUGCCUUCGUCCCAGCAGGCUCCGGUCAUCCAUCCCAACCCGAACGUGGAAUCGCCACCGCCAGCGGCCGCGGGCUCGUCGCCCACCGUGUCCUCGGGCGGUGCGAUCCAGCACACGAACGGUGGGCCCGCGUACCUGUCCCCAGUUCAUGCCAUCUACCACCGCAACAGCACGAUCAUCGAGUACGAGCGAGCCUCGGAGGGCGGCAAACUGUCGUCAGCUGAGGGCAGCAGUCGCAGCCCCUCCCAGAUCCGGCUAGAGCUGAUCGAACGCAACCUGGACGAUCAUCAUCACCUGCAGCAACAGCUUGCCCAGCAACAGCAGCAGCAACAGCAGCAGCAGCAACAACAACAGCACCAUCACCAGCAGCAGUUGGCAUCCUCCUCCCAGCACCCUCUUCACCACUACAGCCAUCAUCCGCGGGAGGCGAUGCGGGAGUCGGUGAUUGAUCAUCACCAUCCGCAUCAUCCUCACCAUCCCCAGCAUCAUCAGCAUCAGCCCCAGCAUCAACCUCAUCCGCAUCAGCAACACCUCCAGCAGCAGCAGCAACAGCAGCAACAACAGCAGCAACAACAACAUCCUCACCAUCUCCACCAGCGAGUGUUGGUGUCCAACAGUGACCUGGACCAGGAUGACCGCUCGCCGUCCCCGCUGACACCCUCGGCUGCCCCGCGGUUCGGGUCCCCAACCACCACCACCAACUCCUCCUCCUCGGCUCCGAUCUCAUCCACCACGCCGCCAACGAUCAUCUCGAGCACGAGUCCGGCCGGCUCGCCCCCGGCCCACGUGCCGGUGGCCCAUGCUCACUCGCACCACUACUCACAGCACCAUCAUCACCACCCGCACCAUCUGGCGGCGCACCACGUCCACCCGCCGCACUUUGUCGUGGGUGCCAGCUCGCCGUACGCCAGCUCAGCCCUUCCCGCCAGCGGCUACCCACUGACGGCGGCGGCCGCUGCCGUCGCUGCUUACGCGAACGGAGCCAGCGCGCUGUACGGAUCGCCCCCGCGCACUACCGAGAUCGCCAGCGCGCUGCUGACGGCGAACGUGCUCAAUCUGAGCCGCCGAGCUCCGUCCCCGUACGAUGCCAGCCCGGCGCAGACGGCCUCCUCGACGGCCAGCGCCGGUAGCACCUCGGGCGGCGAGGAGGAACCCGACCGGGAGCGAGAAAUCCACGAGCACGCCAACAGUCUGCCGGUGAAGCUGCGGCACAAGUCCCAUCUGGGCGAUAAGGAUGCGGCCACCGCACUGCUUGCCCUGCAGAACAUCAAGCAGGAACCGAUCGGCCACCGGUCGAGCUCACCGGCCUGGGACGAUGGGGACGGCUCGUCGGACGAGCGCGACUCCGGCAUCUCCACGAACGAGUGGCCGACCAAGGCGGAGCAGAAGAUGAUGGUACCGCUGCCGGGCUCGCCACCUUCGGCGGCCAGCUCCAGCAGCAGCGCUGCGAGCGGCGGUGCCAUCGUCAGCACUGCGGCGAUGGUAGCGGCGGUCGCGAAGAUCACCUCCAUCCCGGCGUCGGUCGUGAUCAGCAAGAAGGCGGAAGAGAACAUCCAUCUGCAGUCGAAGCUGGCCCGGCUCGAGUCCGAGGUGGCCACCAUCAAGAACAUGAUGAUCUCGAACACGACCGGCAGCGGGUUCGGCGUGACCGCCGCCGCCCAGUAGCGCAAAUCGCGCCGGCACCGAAGACGACGGCUGCAACGAUGUUGACGUGUGACCCUAGUUCCUGUACAGAGAGAUAUCUGACGACGACGACAUUGAGAAGUUGUCGCUGAGUAGCUAACCCUCCGAAGGGGGGCCGGUUCGUUUGUGGCAUUCCUAGCGCCCCAGGGCUCAGUGGAGAGAGCUGCGGAGAGAUCAUCAUCAUCAUCAUCAUGGUUCGAUCGAAGACGAAGCGGAUGAAGCGGAGAAACGGAUAAAAGAACGGCACGA